CACACCACCCUAACCCCAACAACCAACCCAAAAGCAAAAUGCCCGAAACCGUCCUCAUCACCGGAAUAUCCGGCUACGUCGGCGCGCACAUCGCCCACACCUUCCUCUCCGCGGGCUACAACGUCCGCGGGACCCUCCGUUCCAUGACCACCGCCCCCGCCAUCCUCUCCCGCUACCGGGGCUUCGAAAACAACCUCACCUUCGUCAGCGUGCCCGACAUCGCCGCCCCGCACGCCUUCGACGACGCCGUGAAAGACGUCGUCGGCGUAAUCCACACCGCCAGCCCGUUCGUGCUCGACGUCACGAACAACGAAAAAGACCUGCUCCUGCCCGCCAUCCGCGGGACCACGAACGUGCUCGACGCCGUGGGGCGGACCGGCCCCGCCGUGCGCCGUGUUGUCGUCACGUCCUCGUUUGCGGCGGUUUUGGAUCUCGCAAAGGGUAAUCGUCCGGGGUACAGGUAUACGGAGAUGGAUUGGAACCCGGUUAGUUAUGCGGACGCGAAGGGCGCGGAGAGUGCCAGUGUGGCGUAUUGUGCGAGUAAGGCGUUUGCGGAGCGGGCGGUGUGGGAGUGGGUGAGGGACCAUGAGCCCAGAUUCUCGGUGGUGUCGGUGAAUCCGCCGUGGGUGUUUGGGCCCGGGGUGGAUGGGGGGAGGCUGAAUGAGUCGUUGGAGGCGAUUCAGAAGUUGGUGGAUGGGAGUAGGAGUGAGGUGCCGGGGGUGGAUUUUGCCGGGUUUGCGGACGUGAGGGACCUUGCGACGGCGCAUUUAAGGGCCUUCGAGGUGGAGGAGGCAGCGGGGAAGAGGUUUCUGGUCGCGAAUGGUAAGUUCGAUUAUCAGGCGGCGGUGGAUAUUGUGCGCAGGAGGUUUCCGGAGUUGAAAGGCGUGCCGGUGGGGAGGCCGGGGGUGGUGACGGAGACGUAUGAGGUGGAUGGAGGCAGGGCGAGGGAGGUUUUGGGGUUGGAGUAUCGGAGUUUGGAGAGUACGUUGGUGGAUACGGUGCGGUGGUUGGUGGAGAAUGGACAUGUUUGAGUGGCUCUAUAUAAUCACUUGAUAUCAGACAUUUGGUGAAGUUGUUCCAAUUCAUGGUCAAUCUAUAUGCAGAUCAUACAAUCUUCCACCUGAAGCACCUCC